AUGCUCGGGCGUCUUCUUUCAAUAUCCUCGUCCAAUACUCCAAAGGCCCCAGCCAACGACGAAGCCGAGGAUGCUCAUACGAGGGCUCUUCUUUAUCAAGCAAAUAACACAGUCAGCACUUGCAACUGCUCCGAGGAGGGAGGAAAAGGUUGUGUUCGCGAUGUCAGAGUCAUUAUAGCACAAGAUUCCGUCAAUGGGGAUACAAAGCUGACAAUCUACGACUCCGUUCCCAUCCAAAACCCUCAGAGUCUGGGUUCACGGAAAGCCGAUUCUCCUGGUCUCUCGACAACAUCUGCUCCUAGAAACAGGAGAAGAUCUGGUGCCCGUUUAUCGGUGUCCGGGAUUCAAUUUUCCCCAGCCACCGGAGCUGAGGAUGAAAGAAAGGUGCUCCAGGAAUGUAUGUUCGGUUCUUCGAUACUGGCAUACAAAGGCCCAAGUACCAAAGUACAUGUCCUGCCAUCGGCCCCUCAGACUACUACACCAACUGUUAGUACAAUAUCAUCAAGUGUUCCGAACACACUACGAAGAAAUCCAUUGAAGGCUCCUGUCAUGGGCCAGAUAUCCGCCUCCGCACAAGAUUUGACCGCUGGCGCCACUCAAGAGGACAUCAAGAGCGUUUUAAUCACCCGCACCUUCAAUGUCAUCUUACCUUCGUCAUCUAGUGCGACAUCCGUCCCUCAGCAGCACCAUCAUCAUCAUCAUCAUCAUCACCAUGUGUCGUUCAAAGUUCCCUCAAGAGAAGAGCUGCCAGUUACUCCUAGUAGCUCAGUGGGCUCAACUCAUGGGUUUCCUUUCCCUAAUAUGGGCUCAAAAAUGAACACUCCACCUAGUGCUCUGAAAGCUGUCAAACCACCGAAGACUAUCAGUUACGCCAUUGGAUUGAUCAUCUCCAUUCCGAACAACUCCGCCCACCAGUCGUCGAAUGUUCGACAAACAAAGCCACUAGGUGACGUCGAGUUCAUAGACCCUCUAGCUACUAUUCGUCGACCAAGCCAAGCUCCCUUGCCAGACGAACUGGCGGAGAACUUGGUAGAUAAUAGAAUGGAUCUUGUGACUAAGAAUUGGGAUAUCAUCACUCGGACACUUAAUGAAUUGCAAAUUGUGGCGACACAACGGAUCACAUCUGCAUUAACUGCGAAGGCCGCUAUAUUGUCACCACCGACUUAUGGCCCCCAGAGAAAGACGUCCUUAGAUACAGCGUCUUUAAUGAAUGACCCUAUCAUCAAAGAAGAAGUAGAAAGACAGCGGUGGAGAAUCACCACUGGCCUCCAAAUACCUCGAGUAAUCACUGGACAAGGCCGCUGGAGCGAAUGGAGGGAGGAAGCUAAAUGGGCUGGUACGACCUUUGGUGGGAGAGAUCGAAACUUUUUUUUCCUCACCCUGUUAACGGCUUUCCUCGGUCAUCAUCCCGACUGGCUGGACGUGCUCGCUCCGCCAGUGUAUCGUCGGAGGCAUGUUCAGAGGCAGCGAACACUCGGCAAGGAGGAUGCAUAUCUACCUUCCAGGACGGUCAUUGUUUGCGACAGCAAGCUUGUAUCACGACGACUCGUCUAUCUAUUGGCGGCAUUUCUUCCUGAGCGUUCAUCUCCUACGACCCACUGGACAGGCGACUACACCUCGUCGAACCGUAGCACAGUUAGUGACGAUGGUCUUGGGCGUUCUCCACCGAGCAAGGGGCCAGAUUUCAAACGAGAGAUCCGUCGUGUCCCGAGUAAACUCAGUAUGGUUGAGGGGGUAGAUGAGAACGAUACUCUGACGAGCACGUGGGAUGUACCCAAAAUCAUGAACAGCCAUGCGGGCGAUAGGGACGGGAGUUCCUCUAGGAUAGGCACCUCCCUGCCUACUCAUUUUGGCACUGCGCAGUUACCCAUCCCGUUCUCAACCCCCCGUAAAGCGCCAAGUACCACCACAACGGAUAGUAUUGCUCCCCACCCAGCAAACCUGAGCUCCUCAUUCAAAAAGGAGCACUCUGAGCCCCGCCCUGGAAGCAGUGGCUCAUCAGUCAGCGUCGGGCUCAUGCAGACUUUAAGACGGGGUGGUAGCAAUAACACGAGUGGAAAUACGAAUGAGUCUUCUGGCGGUACUAACGCAAGCGGCUGGGGUAGCUUCUUGAGCAGCAUAUGGUCAAGUCCAAGAAGUCGUGGUAGCGCAAGCAUCGCUAGUAGCUUGGCAUCGACGGUCGCCGAUGACACAAAUGCAGAAAGUGGAAGGCUGCGUCGCACAGAAACUGGUUUGUCGGAUCAUGUGUACGACAGCGACAUCCAUGGCUAUCUAGGGCUAUAUGACGGACAAGGGGAUGAGGCGACACGGCCACUUGCAUUCAGCCCACCCACGCACUGGCACCAGGAUGGGAUACGUACCCCGGGUUUUGAGGAGAGCACCCUCAGAUAUUCUGUGGACGACGACGGUAUCAUCGAUGUUGAUAUCCCGAUGGGAUUGCCCGCGGUGCAACCUAAUUUCGACGUAGGAGGGCUGGGGGCUAUUGGAUCAUCACCAUUGCCAUCAUCACCCACAUCAACCACUGCUGCGGAGUCUUCAAUGGAAAAUUCGGUUAUAUCUCUCUCCGCGUUGACACUUCUCCCACCCUUUCCGCAAGCGACUGGAGAAAGUGAUACUACAGGUAAUGUCGCUGCGGAACUUGAUCGGUUUCAUCCGGAUUUUAUCCUUCAGGCCGUAAAGUCCUAUCGAGAUCUUGAAAAGGACGUUCGUCGCGGAAUGCAGUCCGAGCCAACACCAGCAUUAAUCCCCACGCCGGCGAACGAAAAUGGUCGGGAAGAAGCAAAAUGGAUCGAUAUCUGCAGCACCCUCAUCGCUGAUACUAACACGAUGAAGAUCAAGCGGUUAACGCUCCGGAGGAAGAAAAAGCCCACACCAUUUUUCUCGCAGCAUCUUACUCCAGCACAACUCGUUGCUCACACUUUUAUAAGGGAAGAGCAUGAAGAGGAAGAAUUCGUUGAAGAGGAUGUUAUGGAUAUGGAAGAGCUACUCGUUUCGGCAGUUGAGAAAGUGAUAUCGGAAUCUCCUCCAAAAUCCGGACUUCCCUCGCGAACUGCGAGUGUCAAAUCGCCGAAGGCGAGGCCUCAGAACUCGCGUAGACGCACAGAUGUGUCUGAUAGCAAAGCUGCCAACCAUGACACUAGGAAGGCUGUUUUAGGGUCACUCGAGGACGUCGUGCGCAAAGUUGCAGACGAUCGAAAUGCCCUCGUUGAAAACGUUCUCACAGAGGGCGUGGCUAGAUGGCUGAAUGAGCUAGAGGACGCAGGGGCAGUGUAG